AUGCCCGGUAUCCCCGUUUGGCCCCUGAUCCCGCACGGCGCCUGCGUCGUCGGCUGAGGCUCCGUGCUGUUUUCACUCUAAUUGUGCAAAAUUUGGCUUCCGGAGCGCACUGCUGUGCCUGUGUGUGUGCGUGCGGGGGAUCACAGGAAGCGGGGCUUUAGCUUUCGGAUGCACGUAACACACUCACCAAUGCGCGCGUUAAUGCGAGCGUAAUAAGGGUGUAGUAAGUGUGUAAUAAGCGCGAUGUGGGUAAUGCAGCACCGGCGGAGCAUGUAGGACGCGGGUACACGGAGCCCCAUCGCCGCUUUCCGACGUGCCUUUGAAUGCCGUUUAUGGGAUCCGCCGCCGGACGGGCGUUUGCUUAACCGGGAAGUGUGUCUGUAGUGUCGCUGUGUGUGUGGUUGUGUCUCUGUGAUCCCGGGAUUGUGUCGCUGUGUAUGCGGCCAGGCGGCAGCCGGAAGCGAAGCGCCGCAGCUGCUGAUCUAUUACUGUCCGAGACUGGGGCACCGGGACCCCAACGCCUUGCUGACAACCUUCCCCAGCUCGGGACGUCCAAGACGCUGGACCUGCUACCGACAGAUCGUCGUGUUUCAAGACCCUUCCUGUCUACCUCGGGUCCUUACUGGUGUACCACCUGCAGGAAUCAGGAGCUGAAGCGUCGUACGUCUCGUGCUCGGUUGCCGAACGUGUGCGUUUUAGCGUGCUCAUCAGGGUGUAAAUACAUACCCUCCUCCACGUCGUCUUCCGGAGCUUGACCCGGGACGUCCCCGCUGCGAGACUCGGGAGCAGGCGGCGGCCUGUGGGAUGCGACCAUGUCGGGCUACAGCGAGCCACGGCCGGUCAACACGGACUAUGCCGUCUCCCUCCUGGAGCAGCUCAGGGUCUUCUUUGAGCAGCGACUGCUGACGGAUGUGGUGCUGGUGGUGGAGGAUGCCGAGAUCUCCUGCCACAGGAUGGUGCUGGCCACCUGUAGCUCCUACUUCAGGGCUAUGUUCACAAGCGGGCUGAGCGAGAGCCGGCAGGGCCGGGUCCAUCUACACAGCGUGAACUUGGCUGCCCUCCGGAUCAUCGUCACCUACGCAUAUACGGGCAACCUGGCUAUCACUGAUGGCACCGUGGAACCCCUAUAUGAGACAGCCUGCUUCCUACAGGUAGAGGAUGUGCUGCUUCAGUGCCGCGAGUACCUAGUGAAGAAGAUCAACGUGGACAACUGCGUGCGCAUGCUGAGCAUUGGGGACAUGUUCAGCUGCGCCGAGCUCAAGCAGAGCGCCAAGCGCAUGGUGGAGCACAAGUUCCCCGCCGUCUACAAGCAGGAGGCCUUCCUGCAGCUGUCGCAUGAGCUUCUCCUGGACGUGCUCAGCAGCGACAACCUCAACGUGGAGAAGGAGGAGACGGUGCGUGAGGCGGCCAUGCUAUGGCUGGAGCACGACAUGGAAUCGCGGUCGCAGCAUCUGUCUUCGGUGCUCAGCCAGAUCCGCAUCGACACGCUGUCCGAGGUCACCCAGCGCGCCUGGUUCCAGGGCCUACCACCCAACGACAAAUCCGUGGCCGUGCAAGGCCUCUACAAGUCCAUGCCCAAGUUCUUCAAGCCCCGCCUGGGCAUGACCAAGGAGGAGAUGCUGAUUUUCGUGGAAGCGGCGUCCGAAUCUCCGGCCGACGGGCCCGGCUCGGGAUCCCAGCACUCAGCCGUGUGCUACAGCCCCCAAGCCGAGAAGGUCUACAAGCUCUGCAACUUGCCUGGCGACCUCCAGAAGGUGGGCACGCUGGUGACGCCGGACAAUGACAUCUUCAUCGCCGGCGGCCAGAUCCCGCUGAAGGCGGCCGUGGCCAACCACGGCAAGGCCGGCAAGAUGCAGGCCGUCUACCGCUCGGUGGAUAGCUUCUUCUGGUUCGACGCCCAGCAGAACCUCUGGGUGGCCAAGACGCCCAUGCUCUGUGCCCGCGUCCGGCCCUCGCUGGUGCACUGCGGGGGCUUCAUCUAUGCUGUGGGCGGUGACAGCGUUGGUGGAGAACUGAACCGGCGCACCGUGGAGCGCUACGACUGGGAGAAGGACCAGUGGAGCCUGGUGAGCCCGCUGCCGUGCUCUUGGAGCUGGAGCACUUGUGUGUCGGCGCGCGGCUGCAUCUACGCUCUGGCCCACGACCUGACGUUUUGCUACUCGCCAGAGGCCGACACCUGGGUAGAGGUGGCCUCCCGCAGGACCAGCCGCUGCUUCUCCUCGGCCGCCGCCCUCGGCGACCUCAUCUUCUACGUGGGUGGCCUGCAUGUGGCCAGUACCUCGGGCCUCCGGCUGCCCACCAGCACUGUGGACGGCUCCUCGGUCGCCAUGGAGGUCUAUGACGUCGUCAAGAACGAGUGGCGCCGUGCCGCCAACAUCCCCGCCAAGCGCUACUCGGACCCGUGCGUGCGCGCGGUGGUGCUGCUGGGCUCGCUCUGCAUCUUCAUGCGCGAGACACACAUGAACGAGCGGCCGCGCUACGCCAUCCACCAGUACGACGUGGAGGCUGACCGCUGGUACCCGCGACAGGCCAUCUCUGAGCGCGUGCUCUGGGACCUGGGCAAGGACUUCCGCUGCGCCGUGGGGAAGCUAUACCCCUCCUGCCUGGAAGUGUCACCCUGGAAACCCCCAGCGUACCUCUUCGCCCCCGAUGGGGUGGAAGAGUUCGAGGUGGACGGGGAGAUGAUGUCUCUCCCCCACGUAUAGCUCCAAACACCCCCCCCUCCCUAUAACCAAGGGGGGGCUUAGCUGUAACUAGGGUAUUUGGGUCAAUCCGGCCUGCUUCAUGUGUCCCAUAGGGAACAGGAAUAGCAUAAUGAGCAAGCAGGCCACUCCCCUUUCUCCCGGCUGGCUCUCAUUUGCCGGAGUCUGCCUCAUCAUCCACCCUCAAUGCCGUCCUCACUAACAGUUCGCCGCAGACUGAAUUAGCACAUGUAUGAUUAAACAUGUAAGUGUCCCCGUUUGGUUUGAUCCCUGUUUGAUUUGACUUGUUUCCCCCCUCCCUCAGUCGGUGCUUCCGGCCCCUUUUACUGUUUUUACAACGUGACUCGUCGGAAGGGACUGCCGUCGUGAUCACCAUGACAACGGUUACUGUAAGAGAGCGUUUCUCCUGCCCCUCCACCUGAUAAAGGACAGAUUGGCUCCUCUCCUAAGAGUCAUGCUUACAAUCCGGGGGGGGGGGGGUUGUCGUCUAUGGUGUCUGCAGGUCCAGGCACCAACCAUACCACCUCCCCCCGAUACCCCUCAAUCAUACAAAUAGCCCCCACCCCACCCAUAGCUUCACAAAUCAGCCUGGGAACCACUAGUGGUAGAGGGGAGGCGGGUGGUCAGCAGGGGUUAGCCCACCCCACCCCCCCUUCUCCCCAUGAGCAUCUGGCCCCCACCAGACGGACUGUAUGUUAGCAUGUUCGGCUGCCUCAUGUACCUCCAGCACUGUAUUUUGAAUGACGUUAAUUUAUUAAAAAAGCAAAAUGUUAAAUCAUC